AUGUCCUGCCAGACAAAUCCAUUGCAGCAACUACUUUCAAAAAAGGAGCAGAUCGAGACGGGAUCUUCCUUCAUGUCUUCUGUAAGAGGUGCUUCCCACCAACAAAAACUGGGUCAACGUCAUGGAUUCUCCCCGGAACAAACCUUUUUCACUAACCAACAAGGUUCCUCAUCUUCUGCCUUCAUGACAAAUGAUGUUUCAUCAGCAAAAUUCCUGCGUACUCCUUCAUCACAGCGUCCAAACCAACCUUCUAACAUUCAUGGGAACAGUGAGGGUACAGAAUCUUGGCUCCCACAGUUCUCUUCCAUGAAAAUCAAUGAUCCGCUAGAGUUCAGUUCAGAAUAUAAAAAUUUGUAUAAUAACUACGAGAAACGCACACAACCUUCACCAUACCUUCAGUUCUCACCUUCAACUCAUGUAUCUACUAGGCCGCAAUUAUUUAGAAGAGAAACGACGGACUAUCAACAUUUUAAAAAAUUACAACUGCAGUCUUCUUUCAGUGCACCUAUCCAAGAAGCUGCUAAUGAGGAUAUGGUGCAAUUAGAUUCAUAUUUUGACCUCAAAUUUGAGUCACUAGAAAAUGAACUUAAUGAACUGGAUGAUUCCUUGGACUCUGAACAGAGAGAAUUGCAAAAAGUUGCAUCAAAUAUCGUAGAAUCGUCUUCAGCGCCUAGAUCGCCUGGGCUAAGACCCAAACUGGCAAGUUCCAAAUUUAUUGGACUAAUGAGAAGGAUUAGUGAUGGAGUAGUUACCGUUAAGAAAACUGAAAAUACGUUGUAUUCACCUGUAAAUGGAGAGAUUGUCGGUAAUGAAUACUUCCCCAUACAAAAUAAAGUUAAUGAUACGAAACAUCUCAAUGCCUCUCAAUAA